AUGCUGUGUCGUCCUUCAUCGGUUGGUGAAGAAACCACACCGAAACAAAAUACCAAAACGAGUACACUUACGUUGAAACAGGAAUUCAGCUUUUAUGUAUCCUCUGCUGCAUUAUCAAAGGACUUUCAAACGUAUUGGAAUGAAAACAAAAAUCGUUUCCCAAUAUUAUCAUCGUAUGCUCGUCGAUAUAAUUGUGUUCCAGCAACUUCAGCUGCAUAUCAGAAUCAGUAUUUUCAGUUGCAGGUUACAUAG